AGCCAAUUGUAUUUUUACUUCAAACUUCCUUGCGGCUUGCUUCUGCUUGCUUUCCUCGUCCCGAAGUUUAUUUUCCAUAGCAAACUCGCCGAGGCUCCUGAAAUAGCGCCACUCUGGACAUUUUUAAAAAUUUAGCUGCAUUCUAGCAAUAGUAACAGCAUGAAGUGGACAAUUGCGGCGGCGGCUAUUUGUGUAGUGUUCACGUUCCUGAGGGUUUCCCCAGUGGAUUGUCACAGCAAAUACAGCGAAGCAAUGAACAAGCACGGGCCACCGCCCAAGCACCUCAAGACGUCAGAAGAUAAGCCCUUCCGAAUGCACAAGUUGAACGUACUUUGGGAGAAAGCACAGAAGAGACUGAGCGAAGCAAAACUGAAGAGCCUGUACGUCGACCUCAAAGUCCAGGAUAAGGACGAACUUACCUGGAAGAAGCUUAAGAGUGCAGGACAAGACAAAGAAGGUCUUAAGGAGGCGGAGCUGAAGAAGACGCUCAAAGGUAUACUGGAAAAAUAUGACUUAGCUGACCACUGGAAGCCUUACCAGGACGAAACGCCCGACCACAUAAAUGAGGCAAAAGCAAACCGCGUGUUCAAGGACAAGAAGCUGAACAAGCUUUGGCUCAAGAUUGAGCAGUCGGGCCUCGAUCAGUUAGAACUGAAGACUCUGAAGGAAGAGUUCCAGCACCACCAGGACAAGAUUGACCAGUUCUACGAGACGCUUGACACCUUCGGCUCCAGAUCUAAGCGGCAAAAUGAACUUGAGAACUCACUGGAGCAGUUCUUGCGGGACACCGAAGAAUCCGACGCAAAGCGAGAUGUGGCAGACGGAACGCCUCACGCGCAACUCAAGAGCAGCCACAGAGACCUGAAGGAGAGCUUUGACCAACUCAACGCCCGUGCCCGCAAAUUAGUGGAACUGAAGGAGUUUGAUGAGGAAAAAGUUCAGCAGUUGUGGCAAUUGGCCCAGAAGGGAGACUUUACGCCUGCCGAACUGGAGUCUUUGAGGGAAGAGCUGCAACAUUAUGAACAUAGGCUGCGGAAAUUGAACCACUUCAGGAGUGAACUGGACCUCAAGAAACAGGCAGGUGCUGCGACUGACAAGAGUACAGACGUCCAUCCAGAUGAGCUGAAGACGUUGCAACAGAGGAUAAAGCAGUAUGAUUAUAAGGUGAACAAAGUACAUGCCGAUUUGGAAUCGAGGAUCCUGCAAAGGCGACUGGAACUCUGAGUCCGCAUGGUAGUCGACUAUGGCAUUUAGUUGAUGCUCAAGUUGAAGAAAAGAAGCCUUCUGUAACGUAGAAGCAAUCUCAUGACCUCUGUCGUACCAGAUGUUCAAGAACGUGAAGUCAUGUUUCGUGCAUUCAGUGGCGAAGCAUUCGGAAGUUUAAUAUAUCGUACGAGAUAUAGAUCACUCAGCGCUUUUUUUGCUAAAGUAUUUUUACACGAGUUUGCGGGCUUAAUAAAAGCUGUUCUUUGUUA